UUCCAUCAUCACGACCGCUUGUAGAAAUGGUAUGAUAGGAUGACUCAAUAUAAACGUAAUGAGACGAACAUGGAGAUCAAAGUAGGUUGGAUUGGGGUCAGGUUGGAAAUGAGUGCAAAUUGCAACAAUGUUUGGAAAAUGAUGAAGGAAAAGAAAUGAAGACAAAUAUAACAAAGGGGGAAAAAUAGUUAAAGGAAGAAAUCUCAUUCAUAGGAUUGGAGCAGUGGAGUACUCAACUCAUUACACAAGCAACGCAAGAAGCGGAGACAACUCUUGCGAGGAUCAGAGGAGACACGAAUUCAUCGUCCGGCUAUGUCGCUGGUGGAUUACGCAGCUUCUUCAGAUGAAGACGAGCCACAAUCCCCUGCUCGGGAGCAGGAAAAUGAGCAGGUGAAAGAAAACCCAGAAGAACGACACCGUUCUGGGGUUCCUGCGCCGGACCACGAAGACCCAGUUCGCGCGCGCAGCAGGAAUUCUACAAAUUUGCAGCCAACCUCAAGUAAACGAACAGACAUAGUCUCCAAUCAGUCCUCUGAGCUGAAACUUCCUGAUGCAUCUUUCCUCUUGAAUUCACCAGUUGUGUCGUCUAAUCUACUGAAUGCUUCAGACCACUCAUCCCGAGUUGCAGCUGCUAUGGCAGAAAGCGCAGCACGAAAGAGAGACUUAAAUGGACCAUCUUCUACCUACCCUCGUAGUAAAGUUCCAAAAGGGACCUUACCUCAUUCGAAAAAUGUUCCAGAUACUGUAGAUGGUCGUUUGCUCCCACCUCAGCUAGCUGGAAGGAGCAAUAUUGUUACGGAAGACAUAAGCAAACUCUUUGUGAAAAAGCAAACCAAUUCUUCAACCGAAUAGGUAAUGCAAGUUGCUGAUGAAGUUGCCCAUAGAAAUUGCUAGCAAGUUACUCUGCCAGCUGUUCACUCUAGCCUAAGGUUCAGGUUCAAGGGGAUCGAUAAAUGGUAUUCAACAUUCAGUUUUUUGCCUGUGUAGAAUGGAAAUGUAUGUACGUCCUUUUUCUGCACUUUGAUAUCAAAUCAUGCGCAACAUCAGUCAGGAAUCUCAGUUUUUUGGCCAACAAUUCAAUGAGCCUUAAUUUCUCUUGUUUACCUUCCUAGUGAAUACUUUGAUGCUAAUAGAUGUGGGGGCCAUGUUAUUUC